GAAGGAUCUGCCCUAGUCCAAAAAGGCUGAAAGGGAGUCAGGCGCCGGAAUGGUUUGGUCCGGGCCCCUGGCGUCACCCCCUGACUGCAGAGCCAAUGGACGAGGCCCAGUUGUGGACCGAACCAUCCGGGGGUCACUGGAGCAGGGGGGAAACAGGCUGAUGACGCUUAGACCGAGGUUUCCAUAUCGAGACCCGCGGCUCAGGGAGAGAACCUCAGCUCGGCCUCGUGGGUUCUAGUGUGUUUCCCGACGUGGAGUUGGGAGUGGGCGGCACUGGGCGGACCUCGGCCCCGAUGCCUGGCCUCGUCCCCUCCCGCCGCGGCGUGCGGUGGUUCGCUCCCGGCACUUCCCUGUUUGGGGCAGUUCGGCCCGCAGAAGUCGGUUCGGGAGCUGUCAGUGCGGGCGGGAUCGCGGCGGGGCGCGGGGUGGGCGCGUCCGACCCCGUCCCCUGCCUGGCCGGUGGCCUGGGACCUCCCGCGCACCCCGCACCCAGCCUGCUGGGCCUAGCGGCCGCGUACACCGCCUACUGCGCCCCUCGCUUCUUCGCUCUCUGGCCGCCGGGCGGGCGGGCGCCGGGGACCCCGCCGGGGCCGAGGCUUCCAGCGGGCGGCCAGGGCCCGGCUUCGGCUUCCUCGCCAUGUCCUCGGCCCGAGACGUCAGCGACCACUUCCCCCUCCAUCUUCUGGUCUGGAACAACGACUACCGGCAGCUGGAGAAGGAGCUGCGGGGCCAGGUUUCUGCUGGAUUCCUUAGGAGUUUCUGUAGAGAAGAUGCUGUCUUCAGUGACUAGAGAUGGUUUUCCUUCUCCCUGUCCAGUCCGGAUGCUUUUCACUUCUCCGCCCGUGGCCCAGAAUGUGGAGGCUCUGGAUCCACGAGGGCGAACCUUACUGCACCUUGCUGUUUCUCUGGGACAUUUGGAAUCUGCGCGAGUCCUGCUCCGACACAAAGCGGAUGUGACAAAAGAAAACCGCCAGGGAUGGACAGUUUUACACGAGGCUGUGAGCACGGGCGACCCCGAGAUGGUGUACACGGUCCUCCAACACCGAGACUACCACAACACAUCCAUGGCCCUCGAGGGAGUUCCUGAGCUGCUGCACAAAAUCCUUGAGGCUCCGGAUUUCUAUGUGCAGAUGAAGUGGGAGUUCACCAGCUGGGUGCCCUUGGUCUCCAGGAUAUGCCCGAAUGACGUCUGUCGCAUUUGGAAAAGCGGGGCCAAGCUGCGCGUCGAUAUCACGCUGCUGGGCUUUGAGAACAUGAGCUGGAUAAGAGGGAGGCGCAGCUUUAUAUUUAAGGGAGAAGACAACUGGGCCGAGCUGAUGGAAGUCAACCACGACGACAAAGUGGUCACCACCGAGCACUUCGACCUUUCCCAGGAGAUGGAGCGCCUCACCCUGGACCUCAUGAAGCCGAAAAGCAGGGAAGUUGAGAGGCGGCUCACCAGCCCCGUCAUCAAUACCAGCCUCGAUACUAAAAAUAUCGCUUUCGAGAGAACUAAAUCCGGAUUCUGGGGCUGGAGGACAGAUAAAGCAGAAGUUGUUAAUGGUUACGAAGCAAAGGUUUACACAGUAAACAAUGUGAGUGUGAUAACCAAAAUCCGCACAGAACACCUGACCGAGGAGGAAAAGAAGCGAUACAAAGCGGACAGGAACCCUCUGGAAUCCUUGCUGGGAACAGUGGAACACCAGUUUGGUGCACAAGGGGACCUCACCACAGAAUGUGCCACCGCCAACAACCCCACGGCCAUCACGCCCGACGAGUACUUUGACGAAGAGUUCGAUCUGAAAGACAGGGACAUCGGAAGGCCGAAAGAGCUGACCAUUAGGACACAAAAGUUUAAGGCGACGCUGUGGAUGUGUGAGGAGUUCCCCCUCUCCCUCGUGCAGCAGGUCAUCCCCAUCAUCGACCUGAUGGCUCGGACAAGCGCUCACUUCGCAAGACUGAGAGAUUUCAUCAAACUGGAAUUCCCCCCUGGAUUUCCCGUCAAAAUAGAAAUCCCCUUGUUCCACGUCUUAAACGCACGGAUCACGUUUGGCAACGUGAAUGGCUGCAGCACUGCCGAAGAAUCUGCAUCUCAGAGCGUGGAAGGAGCCCAGGCCGAUCCAGCUUCCUCGGGCGCCAACUUCGAGGUUGACCAAUCUGUGUUUGAAAUUCCCGAAUCUUACCACGUUCAGGACAACGGCAGAAAUAUGCACUUGCAGGAUGAAGAUUAUGAGAUAAUGCAGUUCGCCAUCCAGCAGAGCCUGCUGGAGUCCAGCCGGAGCCAGGAAUUUUCAGGACCAGCAUCGAACGGGGGGAUCAGCCCGACACAUGCCUACGAUGCCCAGUACGAGAGGGCCAUCCAGGAGAGCCUGCUCACCAGCGCGGAAGGCCUGUGUCCCGGCAGCCCGAGCGAGAGCAGCCGCUUUGACAGCGACUUGCAGCUGGCCAUGGAGCUGUCUGCCAAGGAGCUGGAGGAGCGGGAGCUGCGGCUCCAGGAGGAGGAGGCCGAGCUCCAGCAGGUCCUGCAGCUGUCGCUCACCGACAAGUAGCCCCUCCUGCCCAGGGGCCGCACAAAGCAGAGGCUCUGGGCUGGGUGCAGCCGCUUCUCUCUGCAGAGGGGGCGAGGGGAGGACCUGGGUUGGCUCGCAGGUCACGUUCUUACUACCAGCUUCCGACAAGACCUCCCUCCCCCCGCAGGUUUGUAGGUUGUUCUUAGGAAGGCGUGUAACAGCCUCACUGCAGUCAGGGUGCUUUGAUGGACAGCGGCACCGCCUCUGCAGAGUGUGGUUUAUGAGUUUGAGACACUUCCUUACCGUUCACCAAAGAAAUGGGUUGUGCCGAUCUCCUCUUUAUUUUUACCUUUAUACAAGGUUUUUAGGACAUUCCCAUCUACUUCUCCAUCUCACUCCAUUCCUUCCACUCGCACCCAGCUGACGUUAGAGGAGAGAUGUACAGAUCUAUUUUAGAUUAUGGGUAACUAUUUGCAUCAAAUGAAGAUACACAGAUGACCACGGAUGUUGCCUUAGCCUUUAAAACUACUAAUGGUUUCAAACCACCUCAACUCCACUUACUGAGGAUCGGUCUGAUUUGAAUUUGUAAAGGCAAUUCCUUGGAGAGCAGGAGCCCCCAGGCAACAUCAAAGGCAGCUAAUCCUGUCCCUGAGGCAGCAGCUAGGGGCACCCGAGGCUGGCAGGCUGGCCAGCACGCCGGAGCAGCACGGAGGGAAGGGAGGGAAGCCACGGGUGUGCAGGCGGCACCUGCCAGAGGGAGGGCUGGUGUGCAGAUGGAAGGGGAGCUCCGAGUGCAGCCCCGUGCUCUCCACUCAAAAGGGAAAAGGAUGACUCCACGUUGCUUUUUAGAGUUCAAAUCAACAUCUUUCCGGAUAAAUAUAUUUUUUAACAGAAUGUUUUUAUUAUUUUUAAAAGAUAUAAAAAUGACUACUCCCAUCAGUAGCAAUACAAGGUUAUACAUUUUAACCAGAUCUUCUCAGGCCUUUUUUGGAUACCUUUAGUAGCUCACUAUUUUGUGUAACCCUCCUGUAAAUAACUACCACCCAACACGCAGGGCCCUGGGGGACGCGGCUGCAGCCCCUCGCUCUGCGCGAAGUCACCUGGGAAGCAAAAUCUCCUCUGUUUCGUGUCCGUUUCCUCUGCUGAACUUCUCUCGGGCUAGGAAGUGAACCCUACACAGGACCGUUCCAGUUACCGUCGGUAUCAUACAGUUAGUGUUGCCAGUAAGACGUCUUAGACGCAGACUGUGCCCUCAAUGCCACUGAACCCUGCCUCUGGUCGCGGUCUGACCAGGGCCCCUUCUCCGCACAGGAGGCCAGUCCAGGCAACAGCCCUGUGUUGCCAACACGCAGCGUGCGUUUUGUUUACUUGGCGUUUACCGGGAGCGAAGACCCCUCUUGGGAAUGGCUGCAGUUAGGCCAUGUCAUUUGCUCACCUGUGUGCGUCGUAGGUAACGUCUGUGUUUGCAUUCCAUGGCUCUGCUUCCCCAGGAAGUCACUUAAAAGGGGACUGAGCACCGUGUCAACUCAUUGCAACGUUUUUCAUGUAUGUGUUCACUCUUAAAAUGCAAAUAAAGACUGCUUCCUUAGAGGGUGCUCCUACACUA